AAAUUAUUUGUUUUCCUCACAACAGUGAAAAGUCCUUGGUGACGUCACGAUGUAAAUUUGACGUCGGUCACAGGUAGACCAUUUCCUUUAUACGUUCGUUUCGCUUACCCACCUGCCACGGUGGAUAGAAAACAGAAUGGGAAAGAUUCAGGAAUUCGAAAUAACAUUUAAUAACAACAAAAAAGUUUACAGCCCCGGUGAAUCGAUCUCUGGAACACUGAAAAUCUCAACUACCCGGUCUAUACAAUGUAAAGCAAUCAAAGUGAACUGCCAGGGCUUCUGUGGAGUGACCAGCAAAGCAAAUGACAUGGACUGGACUGAGGAGGAACAGUUCUUCAGCAGCUCUGUCUCAAUGGCAGAUAAAGGCACUCUGAAAGAGGGCGAGCACAGCUUUUCCUUCAAGUUUCUCUUACCAGCCACUGCACCAACAUCAUUUGAAGGGCCUUAUGGACAGAUUAUUUACAGAGUUCGGGCUUUUAUAGACACUCCUCGCUUUGCAAAAGACUACAAAAUCGAGAAACCCUUCUGUAUGCUGAAUAGCAUCAACCUCAAUGAAGUACCUGACAUACAGGUACCUAGCUCAUCUUCUGUAACCAAACAUUUCUCAUACAUGCUCGUGAAGAAUGGAACAGUGGUGCUGAUCGGCAAGAGCGACAUGCGGGGAUAUAUAGCUGGACAGAUCAUCAAAGUAUCAGCUGAGAUUGAAAAUAAAUCGGACAAGUCAACGGGCCAUGUAGUAGCCAGUCUAAUGCAGAAAGUUACCUAUAACACUAAGAAGCCGACACAUGACCUGCGGGCUAUAGCAGAAGUAGAAGGUCCUGGAGUUAAGGGUGGACAUAAAGCUGAAUGGAAGGAGAAGAUAAUUGUUCCAACUCUUCCCCCCUCCUCUCUGUCUGGUGAUAACCUCAUCCAAAUCGGCUAUUACAUUCAGGUCUCUUUGAAAUACCCAGAGGUGUCACUAACUUUGCCCAUUUACAUUGGAAACAUUGCAGUGGAUCCCACUCGGCCUGCCCCCUCCAGGCCUGUUCCUCCCACGCCAGCCCCACGUUCAAACUCCACCUCCGCCCCUACCCCUUCUCCUGCCCCUUCUCCUACUGUUGCUCCCUCCGACUCUACCCCUCCCAGGCUUCCCCCUCGCUCAAAGCCUAAAGCUGCACCCAAACCCAGGCCUCGAAGCUCCUAUGCGUCCCCCAGUGCGCCACCAGCAGAUCUGUACCCUGAGCUCCCAGGUGCAGUUAACUACAAUGGGGAAAUGGAAAAGAGUCCACUGCAGGAGUCAGGUUCUCAGGCUGUGUCCCCUAAUGCAUUCAGCUAUACUCCUGGACUCGGCUUCAGACAGAGCCAAAACUCCAAUCAUGCAUCAGCACCCCCUUUCUUUUCACCCACCACCCUUCAAGACAGAUCCUUGUCGGCCUCCACACCAAUGAGCAUGAUUCCGAACUAUGGAAGUUCAACAUAUCCACAUGAGCCUCCACCUUCCUAUGAAGAUAGCUUCCACACAUAAGAUGUUACCCAACCAUAGGAAGAAGACUAUGAAACUUGUGAGGAAAACGUUGCUUCAAAACAUUAAUGUGACUUAUUAAUAAAUGCAAACCUCAAGCACUUUUUGUUCUAAAUGUGUAAAUUUACAAAUAAGAAUCUGAUACUAAACAUAAGAGGUCAAUUUAUAUAUUCAGACUUGGUUUCUCAUCUACUAUGCUAAGCAUUUAAAAAUGUUGUAACUUUCCUGUUUUAAUUAGAAAUGAUCUGCUAUUUUUGUCAUUAUUGUGAACCCCAUGCAAAAGUUAUUUUGUUACUGCUUAUUUUUAGGAGCAGAAAAGACUUAAUUAUUAAGGAUAUACCUCAUUUUGUACAUGUGUAAGUUUUGUACAAAUAGCCUGGUAAUUUUGACUUUUGUAUUAGCGAGUUUAGGUUUUAUUUUUCAUUUUAUUGAUAAGCUAGGUAAAAUCCAGUUUAGUUUGUAACUCCUAAUGUUUUACGUUUGUAUACCACAUUUGUUCAGAUUCUGUGGUAUUGAAUGAGAAUUUUCUUACUAUGUUAGUAUUGUUUUUCCCCCCAUGCAUGGCAGUUUUAUCCCACACUACGUUUGUAUAUGUAUAUAUAAAACAGUGAUUUGUAGUUAAAUGUAGUGUGCAUGUUAAUAAAAAUUGU